GCUCAGGCUGACUUUGUCAAACUACUUCGGCUCUGUGACCAACGCUUCCAAAUUAAAGAAUGGCGACAACCAUGGAGAUUGACGACGAAGAGUGCGAUCUGCCAACCUCCAGCAGCGGGAAAGGCGAGAAGAAGCGUUUCGAGGUGAAAAAGUGGAACGCGGUGGCACUGUGGGCCUGGGAUAUUGUUGUGGACAAUUGCGCUAUUUGUCGUAAUCACAUUAUGGACCUUUGCAUCGAGUGCCAAGCGAACCAGGCAUCUGCCACUAGCGAGGAAUGCACAGUAGCCUGGGGUGUAUGUAACCACGCCUUUCAUUUUCAUUGUAUCUCACGUUGGCUGAAAACGCGACAGGUCUGUCCACUUGACAAUCGUGAAUGGGAGUUCCAAAAAUAUGGCCAUUAACUGGAUGUAUUCAACUGUACACGUCAGUUUUCUAUUUGUUCAUCUAUUCAAAGUAUUUAAACUGAAAGAUUUUUUCCUGUACAAAUGUAUUCAUUAUACUAAAAAAGAACAAGAACUUAAGUGAACGCAGGAAAGUGGCGUAAGAUGUAUAGUCAAAUUUUUUGUAUGUUAAAAUUGUCAAAAUUUCAUUCACUAAUAGAAUGUGAAGCUAAUUCAAAUCACACUUUAUUAAAUUAUGUUAAGUAUGUAAUUCAUACACACACACACAUACACACACACAUAUUCACACAUAGAUUCUAAGCUUUAUAGAAUAAAUGAAGAUUAUAACAUAA